AUGACGGUUGACUACCUUACCUCCUCCUACAUGACAUCCCCAAAUUCUGAUGAACAACCUACCAGCCCUCAGAAGCCAGGUCUAGCAGCUCGCAUCAGGAGGAUGGUCAAGAAGAAGCAGGAGGACAACACUCCCCCUGACUUGGAAACUAGCACUCUUGCAUCCCAGGAGGACACAGGAUCUUUGUACCAGAUGUGGUCCUCUAUGGCGAAGACCAGGAUCUUCUAG